AUUUUCCCUCUCUCUGUAUCACCAUGCUUACGAUCCAGGUUGCAGAAGUGGAAGUUUUGAAGAACAAUCUUCUUCCACUCCUCCAAAUUUCUCACCACGCCGAUUUCAGAUUCUCCCGCUCAACCGUCUCCUUCACUGUCGCUGGCUCCCACAACUCCUCUCUCAUUUUCGCACGCCUUGAGGUAUUUCACCCUUUCUUCAUCCUCUUGUCCUCCAAUCACCCUCGAGAGUUCCAUUCCUGUAUUCAGAUCGACAGUUUAUUCUUAGCCACCUUCAUUACCGGCACCGACGAUCGCCUCUUGACCAUUUUCAUGCCCGAUGAUCAUACCUUCUCUAAUCUCGUUUUCACCACAUGCGUUGGGCAUUUGGAAUAUUGCUCUCCAAUGCAGAUGGGACCUCCCCUAAAUAUUCAAGUGGCCUCAAUGGCCGGCGGAAUAUUUGUGGCCGUUAACGCAGAAUGGUUCAGAGACGUUGCAACAAGAUUAUCUGCCUUCAGUACUAAAAUCUCGGUUACUGCAAAGGAUUCAGAAGUGAAAUUCUGUGCUGCAGAGAUGGAUUUUGUGAUUCCUGUUGAGGGGAACCGGUGCAGAGUUGGAGGAACAUUGGGAGGUGGAGUCCGAUUUGAAGUGAGUGUGGUGCCGUUGCAAUUUUUCAUCCGAGCAUCACAGCUUGACAAGAUGGUGUAUUUCUAUGGGUCAACUGAGAAGAACACUUUAGUGGUAUUCGAGACUGGGUAUUGGACCAACAUUGUGGCCAGUAACCCACAAGAUCGCUGGGAACAACUUUAGACGAAGUCUUUUACUUUCCUUCUCUCCCCCAAAUAGAAUUGGACGAAGCUAUUAGAAUGGCAGUCAAAUGUGCAUAUAAGUAUAUUACCAAUAUGUUCAUUCUUUCAUUCUCCAUA